AUGUCGGAUUCCAUUUCGCUACUAAUUCUUUUGGCAAUUCUCAGAAGUUUGUCGGCGGCCGAGGAUGACGAUCGUCAUAACUUGUCAAUUUCAAAACAGGAAAUGAAUGUUUUUAUAGACAAACUUGUAACUGAACGUAUGUCCGAGGUUGAGUCUAGAUUUAUGAAAGAAAUUUCUGAUCUGAAAGCUGGAUACGUGUUAUUAGAAAGUGAAAAUAAUCGAUUGAAGUCCAAGAUUGAUACUAUAGAGACUACCGUUGGGUUAUUGGAGGUAGAGAACAGGAUGUUGCAUUCCAAAGUUGAUUCUUUGGAGAACGAAUUACAAAUGACAAAAGCGGUGUCUUCUUCGAAAACGUCUCCUGUCCACUCAGAGAACGAAACAGAUGUUCAGAAUGUUUAUCGAAGAGUUGCUCCUGAUCAUCCCACUGGUCCCCAGGUAGCCUUUAAAGCCAGACUUACACACACACUGACUGAUGUCGGUCCCAGGGAGAUCAUUGAAUUUGACGCUGUCGAGCUCAAUAUCGGUGACGACUAUAACCCAGCAACCAGCGUCUUCACUUGUGAUACUCCGGGUCUGUAUGCAUUUCAUUUAACAAUGAUGCUAAAACUUAACAAAAACGUGGAACUAGUUCUUCCAGAAAAAUGGUCAGACGUUUCACAACUUUUACCUUCAUGA